AUGGCCAGCUCAAUGCACCUGUCGCGCCUCCGGAAAUGGAUCCUCGCCUCGCCACCGAUCGAGUAUGCCAUUACUCACCUCAAGGAGCUACUGGUGGGCGCACUCCGCCAGGGCCCCAUCCCGCAGCAUGUCGCCUUCGUGAUGGAUGGGAAUCGUCGCUUUGCAAGAACACAUGGGAUUGAGACCGUGGAGGGUCAUAAUCUGGGCUUUGAGGCGCUGGCUAGAAUCCUAGAAGUCUGUUAUAAAAGCGGCGUCAAGGUCGUCACCAUCUACGCGUUCAGCAUUGAGAAUUUCAAGCGCUCCAAAUUCGAGGUAGACGCGCUCAUGGACAUGGCCAAGGUGAAACUGUCUCAGAUGGCGCAGCAUGGAGACUUGUUGGAUAGAUAUGGGGCCAAAGUGCGCGUUCUUGGUCGCCUCGACCUGCUCAAGCCGGACGUUCUCGCGGCCGUCAACAAGGCUGUCGACCUGACCAGUCGCAACGGUGACCGCGUGUUGAACAUCUGCUUUCCCUACACCUCCCGUGACGAGAUAACGACUGCAAUCCGCGAUACCGUGGAAGAUUACAGUGAACCCCUUCGACCUGCUCCUUCUCCGAACGGCCCUGCUCGCACGCCCUUCUCCGAAUCCCAUAUCGUGCAUAACAUUCGAGCCCAGACGCUUGGAUCAUCGAAGAUUCAAGAUACACAUAGUGACUCCGAGUCUACGUCAGCAGAGUCUUCUGCGCAGGAUGAUGAUUCCUUCUUGCAGAAUGAUCCUGCCAGCCGGGUCUAUGAGUCUGGUUCAUCCUUCUCGUCAUCUACAACUCUCCACCUCGGCCAGCAAGAUGGACACCCGCACAAGGGUGUGGCACAGACGAAUACAUCCGAUGGAGACAGCCCGGUCUACAUUUCCCCCGAAACCAUCUCGCGCCAAACCCUGUCCGAUCACAUGUUGACCAAAGGCACUCCGCCUUUGGAUAUGCUGGUGCGGACCUCCGGCGUCGAGCGGUUAAGUGACUUCAUGCUCUGGCAGUGUCACGAAAACACAGAAAUUGUUUUCCUGGAUGUCCUGUGGCCAGAGUUUGACCUCUGGCACUUCCUGCCCGUCCUGCUUGGCUGGCAACGACGCAUUUCCAAGUCACGCCAGAACCCCGAUGCCGAAGGGAACUUUGCCGGCGAUAGUCCGGACACCAGUGAGGAGGACGUGGAAAAAGUGGUCUUGCGACAGAGCAAGGUCAAGUCUGUAUAG